AUGUAUAAAGAAGAGGGUAAGUUUUUUAUUGAUUUUUUUGACUUGAACAUGAGUAAGGUUUGCUGAAAAUUUCAGAUCUCUUGAUGGAGGAAGGGGAUGAAAUUGAUGCGAAGUUGCGCAUUGUGAAUGAUUUGUUACGAUCUGAGCCUCCAUAUUCUUUGACGAAAAACGAUGUGAAUAGUGUCAAAAAAUUGGUGAGUUUGAGUUUUGGAAAAGAAAAAAAAGUGGAACUUGUAAAAAAUUAUCGAUUUUUGCGUCACGAACAAGAAUUGAAUUCUAAAUUUCAAUUAGUUCUUCAGUCCGGUUCUGAGUAGGUAAUUUCUUAAAAUGAGUUAUGACGUGGCAAAAAUCAAAAUCUCACGGUCUAGUCGAAUGUCUGCAAACACAUUUAAUUUCUUCUUCUUUCAUCUUUACAAUCCAUAAAAACAAUACAUUUUCAUUGCAGAUAAAUGAACUCGCCUCUCGGUUGAAGAUCGCCGAACAAACAUGCAUCAAAAACACAGACCUCUUGGGAAUCGCCGAUGAUGGUUUAGAUGUCGAUGUCGAAGAAUUGAAAUGUGAUGUGGCAUUCGAAAACACGCCAAAUUCAUUAGCGAGUUAUGAUUCGGAUAUCAUUAUUAUUGAAGAAGCCGAAAUGUUGCGAAAUAUAAAAAUCGAAGAUUCGAUUUCCAGUAGAAGUGAUGAUGGUUUGAGAAUUAAUGAAGGAGAAAUUGCAAAUGAAAAAGUAGAAGAAGAAGAAGAAGAAAAGGAAGAUGUUCCGAAGAGUGUAAGAUUUUUCAUGAAAUUUAUUAAUCUAAAAAAUUAUUUGAAUUCCUUUUUUACAGACAAAUCACGUCAGUUACAACAAAUUCAGAUCGAAAGAAAAAACCUGUGAGUUUUUGAAAGUGUGCAAAAAAUCCAAUUCAAUAUAAAUAUUUGCAGAUCUUCGCCUCAAAUCUGCUGCUGCAUUCGAUAAAAAAGUUCACAAUGAAGAAUUGAAAUAUCCACUUGGUGUUGUUUAUGACGAAAUCCGAAAAAUAUGGAUAGUUUGUGAGCAAGAUGAUAAAUUGAUUCAGAUUGAUGAAAAAGAAAAGGAUUCGGCUGUGCUGGAGAAUCAUUUGAUCAAAAAUCCAUCGGCGUUGACUAUUUUGAGAGUGAGGAUGUUUUUUUCUUUUUGAAAGUUUGGUGUUAUUUUGAAGAAUAGUAAGCUUGACGAGGGAAGUGUGUGACCAGUCCCCGGAGAUUUUCAAUGAGACCUAUGUUUUUUAGGUCAGUUUUUCACGCUGAUAACGAUCCUGUUUUCAGUUUUUGCUGAACGACUCUCUGAAGAGCCCAAAAAUGAGCCAAAAGUUGAGAAUUUCCUGAAAAUCGCGUUUUUGAGAGCCCAUAACUCAUGUUAGAAAUUAUUUUUAUGAAAAACUGAAUGCAUCACGUUGUUCACGAGGGUCGAUUUACCAAAGUCACAAGUUUUGACAAAAUUUUCCAAAAAUUUUCAAAUGUGCUUUUUUCAUGACCUGAGCCUGUUUUCUGAGCCACAAAAUUUUUUUCUGAAAAAGUAUGGACUUACUAACCAAAAAUUUGUUACUUUGGUAAAUCGACCCUCCUGAACAACGUGAUGCAUUCAGUUUUCCAUUAAAAAAUUUCUAACAUGAGUUAUGGGCCUUCAAAAACGCGAUUUUCAGGAAAAUCUCAACUUUUGGCUCAUUUUUGGGCUCUUCAGAGAGUCGUUCAGCAAAAACUGAAAACAGGAUCGUUAUCAGCGUGAAAAAACUGACAUAAAAAACAUAGGUCUCAUUGAAAAUCUCCGGGGACUGGUCACACACUUCCCUCGUGAGAGCUGAAUAUUUCAACAAAAUUCUUCACUUGUCAGUUCGUUCAAUCUUAUCAAAAAUUAAUUUUUUAGGAAGGCCAUUCUAUCGCGAUUCUUUGCGCAGACGAAUUCAAGAAAAACUGGAUCGCUGAAUACAAUUACGGGAAUCGAAAUGGGAAAGUGACAUUGAUUGUUCAUCACAACAAUUCGAAACAUGAUUUGAAAUAUCGAUGUCGUGGAUUAGCUCGAUCAUAUGCUGGAAAUAUUAUGACACUUGAUAAUCCACCAUCUCCAAAUUGUCCAAGAUUAAGAUUGAUUUCACGAAAUGGUAAAGAAAGUGCAAGUUUUGAUAUAAAAGAUGCCAGAAAUCCAAGUUUUAUUGCGUCGCACAAGAAAAGAGUAGCUGUAAGCGAUUUGGGAACUCAGCGCGUUUUUAUUUUUGAAGUAAACGAUAUAAAAUGGAAACAUGGAUCGGAAGGAUUAAAUUGGCAAUUGAUAAAUACGAUUGGAGAUGUAGGUUUAAUUAGAAUUGUUGAAGAAAAAGUUGGUUAUCUAAUUUUUGAACUUCAAUUUUUGCAGGAAAGACUCGGUGUUCCUCGACUGCCGGUUAGAAUUUACGAUUCGGCUGAAUUCAAUUUUGUCGCCGGUAUUCAAUAUGAUAAAGAUGGAUUUUUGAUUGUCGCUGACGCUGGAGGACAUACAAUGAAGGUUUGAUUUUUUGUUUGGAAAAAAAGAAUGGAGAAAACAUUGUUACAGAAAUAUAUUUUGAUUUUUCUCCAAUUAAUUAGAUUUCUGGUUCAAUUUCAAAGUUGUCUCCAAUGUUUUUUCUUUGCAACUAAGCUCAUUUAAAUUUUCGAAAAACCCCGUUGUUUCUCCAGUUAUUCGAUAAAGAUGCCAAAUUCCUCCAUCGUAUUUCAUCUGAUUUCCCAAUUCCAUUUAUGUCAUCCUUCCACAUCAAUCGUCAUGGAAGAACUAUUAUAAUAGAUUUACGUGGAAGCCAAGAAAAAUUAUGUUUUGCACAAUUAAGCUCAUCUCGUAUACUUGAUAAAUGGGUCGAUGCACAUACAAAACCGAAACCACGAGAAUCGAGCAGAUUUUCAAGGAGUUUAUCAAGAAGAUAA